AUGCCUACUAUAGGAGAAAAUAAAUAUAGAGAUAACACAAGCUCAUAUAUAGAUGAUGCUAGAAAUUAUAAAAGAAAAUCAAUUGAUGAACAAGAUGAUUAUUCAAUUGUUAAAGAAUUACUCUAUAUAAAUAAUGAAAAAAAAAAUUUACAGAAUGCUCGUAAAGAAAAUUUAUAUGUUAAUGUUGAAUUAGGUUCAACACGUACUAGUGCCAUAGGAUUAAAUUAUGUUAAUAAUAGUAAUAUACUGGAAAGAAAAACUAGUGAAUCGAGAAAUAUUAAAAAUACUGACAAUUCUAAUGAUCAAAAUGAAAAUAGUUUAGAAUCUCCUUUAAAUGAACUUCAAAAGUAUCAACUGACAUUACUAAAAAAAAGCAACCCAUCUUGUCCCAAGCCACAAAAAAUAAUACAGAAUAAAAAUGAUGUAAAAAAAGAGGGAUGUAAAAAUGUAUCAAAGUGUAAAGAAAAAAUUAAAGUUAAAAAUGAAGAUUCAAAUAUAAAUAUUUCUAUAAAAGAAAAUAUCAAUGAACGUAAUAAUUCUAAUGAUGUAAAAAUGCAUAGACGUGAUUUGCGAAUAAUUCCUAGAAGAAAUUACAGUGGUUGUUUGCCAAAUAAAAUAGAAGAUACACAUACAAAUGAUCAAAAAAUUAAUGAUUUAAAAAAUUUAGAUAUUCAAGAUGCUACGAAAAGUAAUAAUUUCAUGAAUAAUCGUGAAAUAAUAGAAUCACCUGAAAUACAAAAACAAGAUAAUGAUUAUUACCAGAAUCAAUUAAAUUAUAAUAAUAAAAUUGAAAGAACAAAUUCUAAAAGUAAGGGAUAUGACAGUGAACAUCUAAAAAAUAAUUUUAGUAAUAAGAAUAAACUAUAUAAAUUGGAUGAAGAUAUAUUUCACAAUAAGUUAAACGAUAAAAAUAAAGAAAAAAAUAGAAUACUAAUUAAUAGAUCUGUAGAUAAUUCAGUUACUGGAAACAACAGUUUUAAAUGCAAUGAUAAUCCAUAUGAAAGUUAUGUAAUAGAAAAGAGAAAUCAAAAUUUAAAUGAUAAAAGAAAAAUAAAUGAAACACGCGAAUAUGUUAAUGACAAUAAAAAUAUUUUAUAUGACAAUUUACAUAAAAAUAUGUUAUAUGAAAUUUCAAAGAAUAGUUAUACAAUUAACGAGGAUUGUAUGAUUUACAGGAGAAAAAAUUAUGAAAAGAAUAAUAUAGUUGAAGAAAAUGAUUAUAAUCAUUCUAAUAAUAAUCAAUAUACUAAAAAAAAUAACCAUGGAUUGAAUAAUACGGUUAUGGAUUUUUCAGACAUUCACAAUGAUGUUGAUGAUACAAGUAUUUAUAAUAAUAAAAAUGAGAUAAAAAUUACAGGAAAUAAUGAAUCGAUUCUUAAUGUAAAUAUUCCUAACAAAAAAAAUAAAUCAUAUGGAAAAAUUCUUGAUCCUAAUAAAAAUGUAGAUGAUAACAGGGAUAUGAAAACAAUAAACAAAAAUAAAAAUUUAUCUUAUAUGAAAUUGCAAGAUAAGGGAGGAUCUUUUGAUAAGGUAUCAAACGCAAAAUCAUGUAAUAGCACUCCAAAUAAAAAUAUGAACACAAAUAGAAAAAAUUUAAAUGUUAUUUCUAAGAUAAAAAACGAUAAAACCAUAACAUACAUUACUUUUGAAGAAAUAACAGAUUUUCAAUUUGAAAUAACUAGUGAUAAUAUUAAUGAAAUGGUAACAGAAUUACUGGAACCACCUAAAGAUCAAGAGUGGACAAAACAAAUAGAAAGUUUAAUUAAUUUAAGAAAAAUUUUAAAAUUUUACAGUAAAUUAUUUUUUGAAAGUCAGAUAAAAGAACUAAGAAAAAUUGUUAGAUCCAUUGUAGAAUUAUUAAAUAGUCCUAGAUCAUGUGUAUCAAAAAAUGCAUUAUUAUGUUUAUCAGAAUUUUAUUACAUAGGGAAAAAAAAAACAGAUAAUACAUUAGAUGACAUUAUUUUACCAUGUUUAAAAAAAGCGCAUCAAACGUCAGUUGAUUUUUUAAGUAGCGCUGCUAACAACACCUUAUUAUCUAUUUGUAAUUCAUGUAGUGAGAGUAAAUUAAUCCUUUAUUUUAUUAAGCUAAUUACUUCAAAACAAAAAACAUAUAAUUUGAUAUGUUUGAGGUGUUUAAUUGCUGUGAUUAUUAAAUUUGACCAAAAUAUUAUUAAAUUUAAAGAAAUAAGUAAAUUAAUAGAAGCCAUCUUAGAGUGUACUGCCGGUGGAAGUGCUGAGAUAAAAUGCACAGCAAGGGUUGCUUUGGUUGUAUUAGAUAAUAUAUAUUCAAUAAAAAAGUUACGAAGUAAACUAAAUCUUCCCAUGGACACAAUAAAAAAAAUAGAAAAUUUGGUAGAAAGAACAUCAGAAAAUGAAAUUGAUUUAGUAUUAGGAAAAAUUAAGUUUAAUUAA